AUGAGAGACACCGUGAAGAUAUGCGUUCUCAGCGUGUUGCUGGCCGUUGCGUGUGUUGCAACGGUGUCCGGCAGCAGCCCCGUUGCUCGUCGCCCGACUAAGGACAUGCCACCAUGCGCGGCGUGCGACAACGGCACUCUCUGCGUGCCGCUCUUCUCCUUCUGCUUCUCCUCCGCCGGCCCCUCCUGCAAAGACGGCUCCGACUUCGGCGCGCCGUGUGCCGACUACCAGUGCCCCGCGGGGUCGUCCAAGUGCGCGGACGAGCAGCAGUGCGUGCUGGACUCGGCGCGCUGCGACGGCACCAAGGACUGCCGCGACAGCUCGGACGAGGACCCCAAGGCCUGCGCUGCCUUCGACUGCUCCUCUAUUGGCAUGGAGCAGUGUCCGCUGGGGGCGGCGCAGUGCGUGGCGGGGUACCUGCUGUGCGACGGCAAGCCGUCGUGCCCCAACGCCACGGACGAGCACCCCGCCUUCUGCGCCCAGUACCAGUGCAGCACGGACGGCCGGCAACAGUGCCCGUCCGGCACGGGGUGCAUGUUCCUCGGGCAGGCGUGCGACGGAGUGAGCGACUGCAGCGACGGCAGCGACGAGGACGAAGCUUUCUGCAAAACCUUCAACUGCAGCGACGCUGGCAAGAGCACGUGUCCGAGCGGCGUGGGGUGCAUCUUCCCCGACGCUAUGUGCAACGGCCGCGCCGACUGUACUGACGGCAGCGACGAGGCGGCUGCCACCUGCAACGACUCCUUCGACUGCUCCGCCACCGGCCGGGUGGCGUGCCCUCUGAAGGGUGGGUGCGUGUGGGAGUACCAGCUGUGCGACGGCAUGCCCGACUGCCGCGAUGGCAGCGACGAGCUCCCGCAGUUCUGCUCCAAAUUCAACUGCUCCAACUCCUACCGGACGCAGUGUCCCGGGGGACAGCAGUGCACGUACGAGGGGCUGCUGUGCGACGGGCGGAAGGACUGCAGUGAUGGCAGCGACGAGGGCGCGCUCUUCUGUAGCAGCUACAACUGCACGGACACCGACAGGGUGGUGUGUCCAACAGUGGACGGCUCAGCACCCGCGUGUGUUUCGGCCUCUCUGCUGUGCGACGGCACGCCGCACUGCCCUGGCGGCAGCGACGAGGACCGGGCCUUCUGUGCGGACCACGAGUGUGCGCCCGGCCUCAUCAAGUGCCCUGGCUCGCUGCUCUGCGUGCCCGGCACGCUCUGCAACGGCUUCCCCGACUGCCGCAUGCCCACCGCCCUUGACACCGCUCCUGGCCCCGACCCUGCCACCGGCUCUGAUGCCGUCCCUCCACUGAAGCCUGCUGUUAUGCCUCGCACCACUGCUCCCACGGCUACUCCUGGUACUGAUGGUACUAUGGCUGGUGUGGGAGGAGUGAUGCAAGGCGGAGCUGCUGGUAACGUGGUCAUGAUGCUGGAGGGCGUGGCUGCUGACGAGGAGGGAGUCAGCGCUGACGAGGAUCCAGUCAUGUGUGUGGCGUACGAGUGCCCCGAGGGGUGGAGGAAGUGUGCAGACGGACUGCAGUGCGUAUCAGAGGACGCGUGGUGCAGCGGUGUGAAGGAGUGCCACGAUGGCAGCGACGAGGACGAGGAGACGUGCACGGGGUACGACUGUGCCGCCACAGGGCGCGUGCUGUGCCCCGGCGGCAAGUACUGCCUGUGGAACUACUGUGACGUGUGCAACGAGGAGCGCCAGCCGCUGUGCCCUGAUGCGUCGGACCAGGCGGAGUCAGCGUGCCACCUGAAGCAGAAGUGCCCCGUGCGCUACUACAAGGACGCCCCCCUGCCCCGCCCCCUGCCGCUGCCCCAACAGGACGGCGCCGUGCACGUGGAGCCGGACAGUGAUGGGGCGGAUGGGGGGGAUGGUGAUGGGGGAGACGGAGGAGGGGAGAGUGGGGGGAAGGCGGGUGGGAGCCAUCCGAAGAAGUAUGCCAAGGUGAAGACGAGCACAGGGAAGAGCGCUGCUGAUGGCACUGGUGCUGCUAGUGAGAAUGCCAAGGGGGUUGAGGGUGGGAGAAGGCCGGGACACCAUGCGGCUGGAGUGGGGCAUCAUAAGAGCAAAGGGCAGCACAACAAGACGCAAUCCAGUGCCGACGCUGGCAGCGGAAGUGAGGAGGCCAAGGCCGGUAAUGGCAAGAAGGGAGUGAUUGAGGGCAAGGGGAACAAGGGUAGCAAGGGAAGCCAGAAGAGCAAGGCGAGCAAAGAAAACAAGGGGAGCACAGGCAGUGUGACCAAAGGCAAGGAGGGUGACGGCACUGGUGUGACCAAGGGAAAGGGCUGA